AUGUACACUACGAUCGGUGGCUUGAAGGCCGUUGUGUGGAGUGACUCAAUCCAGGCGGUUAUGAUGUACGGUGGAGUAUUCGCGCUGCUCUAUAAAGGACUGAUGCAUCCACAAGUGGGUGGGUUGGCAAAGGUAUGGAAUUUAGCAUACGAAACAGGCAGAAUUAACGAGUUGUGGCGAAUGGAUCUGAAUCCGGCGCAGGUUCACUGCCUUUUUCUAGCCUCACUUCAGAGCUAA